AAUUUUGUCCGAUUCCUCUUGUGCAAGCCAAACGAAACGAAGGAGCUAUCAGAAUUGAAAACUAUUGUCAACUACAAAUUCCAAUUGGCGUUCAGCUAAUAAAGGGAGUCUGGAUGUCGGUGGUGGCUGUGAAGUGAAGUGAAGCGAAGUGAAGCAAAGUGAAGUGGCAGUGACUCGAUUUAAGCUCCGCCCUCGCAGCCAAAAGGCAGCGUCUCGGAUGAACGUGGGUGUCUAACGUAGGAGGGAACCCGUAGAGGAAGCUCCUCCUCGUGACAGAGUAUUCUGGCUGUGGUCUCUGUCUCUCUGUUAGCCAGCAGGAAUAUCCGGCAGUUCCCGUGGGAGUAUUAUAGAGGAAAGAAGAAGUGAAGUGUCGCGAGAAGAAGAGAGGAGAGAAUGAUGUGCCGAUGAUAAGCUCGCAGCUAGUCUCUAUCCCAGAAGACAUCCGUACGUCUGUACCUACGUUCGUUCAUCCGUCCGUUCGUUACUACACGCCACCAAGGAGUCCUCCUCUGCGCCUGCCUCCUCUUCGUUGGCCAGUAUCGCCCUUGUCAUCGUCACCGGGUACGGAGGUGCGGACGGCUCCUGUUAACGGGCAGUCUGACCCUCCGAUGAUGCUCGAAAUCGUCGGGUAUUCGGUCAAGUUCUCCACUGUGAUAUAUCCUCCUCUGGAGCACCAAGGAUCAGCCCAUUCGAGGAGAUGUCUGCGUCUUGAUUUUUCAAGGAAACGAGACGGUUCCUAGGUGCUUACGCUUUUUUCUUUGUGAAACUUUUCCAUUUUCGUUACCUUACUUUCAUGUGAUAUCGGGCCGGUGAGCUUUCGAGAGUACGGAACCAGUGCAUUUCGUUCUACGGUAGAAGAAACGAGAAUUUUUUAUUUUUUACAAGUGCAAGACUGAUAAAAAAAAUUGAAGAUCGUUUAUAUUAAAAGUGGAUGGGUCUUUUUUUUAAGGAAGUUUCCUAUUUCAUUCUAUGGGGGAUAAGAAGAAUUUUUUAGACGUUCUUCAUUUUUCAAUGUAAUUCUAUGGUGUUCUAGUCAGAAAGACCUGAGAAACCGGUUCAAUGAUUCGGCAGGCAAUGAUCUAAAUCAAGUGUUCAGUUUGUUUGGAGAGCCACCCUGUGAAUUUCAGUAAAGUCUUAGCUGCGAUACCUUCUCUUCAAACUUUUAGCGUACUUACACUCUCCACGGUGCGACGGGAUCGAGUACUUGAAGAUUUGUUAGAGUAAAUUUAACUAGUUUAGCAACCACGUCGAUUAUCAACAGGUUGAUCGAUUUAACGUCGGUAAUUUUCUUGACGACAAUUAUUGAAAUUGAAAUGAACGAUUGACAAGGUGUUACAAAAAUUGAUGAAUGGUGUCAGUGUCAGUGUACAAUAAUCAACAGUGAAAGGAUGCAACAGCAACAUGAACAACAACAUAACGUUGCUGCUGCUGACUGUUGCUAUCAGCAAUGGGCGACGCAUCAUCAUCAACAUCAACAGUUGCCGCCAGUUCCUUCGCCAAUGCAACAAAUGGAAGCCUGUCUGCAGACCGCCGGCCGUGUAAAGCGUUCCAGAAGUCCAUCCAUGGAGACCCUGAAUCAUGCGACGUCGACGAUCUCGCCGUCGUCGUCGGAUUCGAGAAACGACAACAACAACAACAACAACGAGAGCGGAACAUCCUCGUCACCGGACGAGAGUGCAUCGAAGAGGCCUUUACAUCCUGCACUUGCAGGUGCAGGUGCAGCAUUGGAAGCCAGACCACUGUGGGAGGAGUUUCAUCAGCUUGGAACGGAAAUGAUAGUAACGAAAGCUGGAAGAAGGAUGUUCCCGACUUUCCAGUGCCGAAUAUUCGGGCUGGACCCGAAUACGGAUUACUUGCUGGUGAUGGAUUUUGUACCUUGCGACGACAAGAGGUACAGAUACGCAUUUCAUAGUAGCGCCUGGGUCGUCGCGGGUCGUGCUGAUCCAGUUUCGCCCCCAAGAAUCCACGUACAUCCGGACAGUCCUGCGAGCGGGGCGCAUUGGAUGAAACAACCUGUAUCGUUCGACAAACUCAAACUAACGAAUAAUCAGCUGGACGACAACGGGCAUAUAAUACUAAACUCCAUGCACAGAUAUCAACCCAGAUGUCACGUGGUAGUAGCACCUUCGCCACCUGGAUCAGCGCCCGAUCCACGUACAGAGAACUUCAAGACGUUUACCUUCUCCGAGACGAGGUUCACGGCUGUUACAGCUUAUCAAAAUCAUCGGAUCACACAACUCAAGAUAGCCAGCAACCCGUUCGCUAAAGGAUUCAGGGACUGCGAGCCGGACGAAUGCGAGGCUCCGACUUCCGGUUCUCAAACGGUACAGAAUCCUGCUAAGAGGCCUGCCACCGGUAGCAACGUGCUGCCUACUUAUGGGACUGUACCCGCCGUGCCAAUAGCGUCGAGCAUAUCUACCAUUCCUAAUCCGGAGCAUCAAUUUUAUGGAGCCAGUGCCAGUCAUUGGGGUUAUCCGACGCAUCAAACGCACAUUAACUCAACGCAUUAUCCUGUGCAUCCUCAUCACGCGCAUCCUGGUGCGCAUGCGUCGCCACUUUACGGGCCGCGGUAGCCCACCGACAUGUUUCAUGGUAAUUUCAUUUAUCUUUCGGUGUAUGUCCGAUCGAAUCGUGACUGUACGAAUCGCUUUCGGUUGAAUUGAAUAGUGGCCAAAGUUACUUAAAGGUUUCUUGUACUUUCUUUGUUUAACUAAAAAAAAAAGAAGUGGACACACUCGUACUAUCCAAAAGUUCCCAAUAGAGGAUACAAAAGCCAAAGAUUAAAAACUCCAAUGAUAGGUAUAACUUUUGUUGUCGUUAGAAUACCAAGAAAAAUUAUGCCAAAGUUAAUUAACCGCCGAGUUACUUAAAUAAGCUGUUGCCUUAUAGUCGUUUUAUGGGAGUGAUUGAAGUUGAGAAAAGUGGAGGACGAAUAAAUUCGUCUGGACCCGCUAUAAAAGUUUAAGUCUCUUAAUUUAUUGAUAUACUUUUAAGUGUACUUAAGGACAGCAAAGAAGAUAUUAUAUGGACUUGGACAAUUGUCACUGGAUGGAAGUUAUAUACCUGGUGCCUUAUUAAGUGCCGUUCACAUGUUAGUAUCCAUGGGAUUGCUAAUAGCCAAGUAUUGAAAAUGCAACGACGAUGACGAGGGGGUGUAGAAAGUAUAUUUUUUAGAUAAGUCGCCAAUGAUAGCGAGCACCGUUAAAUUCCCGAAGAAAGCUCGCGCGAGGGUCUCGGAGGCACACUUCGAGAAACAAAGUGCCUUUUGUAGGAGCAAAGUGUCUAUUUAUAUAGGGUGUCUCAAAUGCCAAACGAGCACGAUGCCGCUCGAGCCAAGACGGGAAUGUAAACGUGGCGUGACACCCCCCGAGAGGACGCUAAGUGCCUUAAUAAAUUAUACUCAAGUAUUGCGCUAUCAUACUUUAGUUUUACAGUCUAGAUCGUUAAGCACAAGUAUUAACUUUGUAUAACGAGAGAGAUUGCGGAUAUAUUGUACUGUAUUAUAUACAUAUAUGUCAGAACCAGUCAAAUAUAGAGACUAUUAUUAUUAAA